AUGUUCGAAUUGGCGCGCCACGUCCGCAAGGUCUGGAGCCGCAACGAGAUGCUGAGCCGCUGCGAGCCCAUCGCGCCCGUCGACCCGGCGAGCGACUCCGACGACGAGCCCGACGACGGCGACGACGGCGCCGCGGCGCCGGGCCGGCGGCGGCGCCGCGCGCCGCGGAAGCGGUCCACCGAGGAGCUCGUGGUUUCCAAGCAGCUCCUGAGCUGCACGCGCCACGCGGGGCGCAUGGAGGACGCCCACGAGUGCCUGACCUACGUGCUGGCCCAGCUCCUCGAGGCCUGCGGCGUCGGCUACGACGGCCCGACGGACGCGGCCUGGGAGCGGUCGACGCUCGUCCACGACGUCUUCGAGUGCACGCUGGGCCAGGCCGUCGUCUGCGGCGCCUGCGGCUUCCACAGCAAGGCGCACAGCGUCGAGCUGGCCCUGCGGCUCAACGCGACGCUGGGCCUGUCGCCCGAGGAAUUGGCGAAAGCUUCCGCGAAGGACGAGUCGCCGGGGCUCGGCGGCCUCGCGGAGAAGUCGCCCUGGAAGAACAAGGCGGCGACGCGCGCGGCGCUGCGCAUCGGCGCGGCGGGCGGCCGCCGCGAGGACACGACGCCGCCGACGGACGUCGUCGAGCUGCUCGAGCUCUUCUUCGCGUCGGAGACCAUCGACGGCUACAAGUGCGACGAGUGCGACCAGAAGUCGACCUGCGAGAAGAUCGCCGGCUUCUACCAGACGCCCAACGCCCUCGCGCUCUACGUGGACCGCGUGCCGGCCUUCGGGGCUUUGUUCGGCAAGCUGAACCGCAAGGUCGCGUUCGACGAGACGCUCGACCUCGAGCCGUUCCUCGCGCCGGGCGCGCCGGCGAACGCGGACGAGACCUACCGCCUCUUCGGCGUCGUCUGCCACCUCGACGUCGCCGGGUCCACGUUCUUCGGCCACUACAUCUGCCACGUCCGCGACUCGAACGGCGAGUGGUGGUCUUUGGACGACGAGCGCGUGAUCCCGUCGGACUGGGACCACGUCAAGGACGCGUCGCCCUACCUCCUCUUCUACGCGCGCAACGCGCCGCACCUCUCGCCGCGCCUGACGCCGCCGAAGCAGGAGCCCAGUGCCAAGGCGAAGGCGCGCGCGGCCAAGGCCGGCGCGCCCUGA